AUGCUGAUAAUGGUUCCAGCGGGAGGCGGGCAACACCUGACUACUCUGCCUCACCAAAGAGGACGGAAGAGUACCAGAUAAAAUCACCGAGGCAGGCAACAAAACAUGAUGAGGAUAAGAGGCAGAGAUCUUAUACUCCCACUGACAGAAAUGACCGCCGGGAAGCCAGCGAUGAUCACGAUGAGCGAGAUGACUACUCUACUUCACCAAAAAGAAAGGAAGAGUGCCUGGCGAAAUCACCAAGACUGUCAAACGAACAUGAUAAGGAUAAGAAGCGGAGAUCCUGUAGUCGUGACGAUGGGAACAACAGUCGUGAUGAUGGGAACAACUGUUGUGAUGCUGAUAUUGGUUUAAAAGAGAACAAUGUGCAUGUUGAUAGGAGGCAGGUUACAACUGGUGGUGAGGGAUCCUGUCCCCGCCAGAGGUCACCCAGACCAUCAUCAAGAUCACACUCAAGAAGGCGAGAUGACUACUCUGCUUCCCCAAAAGGAAAAGAAAAACAUCAGGAGCAAUCACCAAGGCACUCAAAAGAAAAUGAUAAGUGUAAAAAGCGGAGGUCCAGUACUUCUGAUAUUGAUAAUAGAAAUGACCGCCGUGAUGCUGAUCAUAGACACAAUGAGAGGCGGGCAACAACUGGUGGUGUGGGGUCCUGUCCCCGCCAGAGGUCACCCAGACCAUCAUCAGGAUCACACUCAAGAAGACGAGAUGACUACUCUAAUUCCCCAAAGGGAAAAGAAGAACAUCAGGAACAAUCACCAAGACACUCAAAAGAAUAUGGUAAGUGUAAAAAGCGGAGGUCCGAUUCUCCUGAUGAUAGAAACAACCGCCGUGAUGCUGAUCAUAGCCACAAUGACAUGCAAGAUGACCACCCUACAUCACCAAAGAUUAAGGAAGAGCACCAGUCAAAAUCAUCAGGACAAUCAAAAGAAUAUGAUAAGGAUACAAAGCGGAGAUCCUAUGCCCCUCAUGAUAGUAAUGACCGCCUUGAUGCUGAUAAUGGUUCCAAAGAUACCAAUGUGCAUGUUGACAGGAAGCUGGCAACACUGGAUGCUGACAGAUCCCAUGCUGGCCGGAGGUCACCUGGACCAUAUUCUACAUUGUCCUCAAGAAGGCAAGAUGACUAUUCUGCUUCUGCAAAGAGAAAGGAAGCGCUCUGCGCAAAAUCACCAAAACAGUCAAAUGAACAUGAGGAUGAAAAGAGGAGCUCAUAUACUCCUGAUGAAAGAAAUGACCGACGUGAUGCUGAUAAUUGUAACAAGAAAAAGCAAGCUGACUACUCUGCUUCCCCAAAGAGAAAGGAAGAGUGCCAGGUGAAAUCACCACGACAAACAAAAGAUCCUGAGGUUACGAGGAGAUCCUAUACUCCCGAUGAUAGAAUUGUCCGUCAUGAAGCUGACAAUGGUUACAAUGAGAAGCGUCCAUCACCUGACAAUGGUCCACCAAAGAGAACAGAAGAGCCUUGCCAAGAAAAACCACAUAGCCAGUCAAACGAAUAUGAUACCGAUAAGAAGCAGAGAUCCUAUACUCACGACUAUAGAAAGGACUGCUGUAAUGCUGAUAAUGACUCCAAAGAGCGAAAUGACCACUCUGCCUCUGCAAAUAAAGAGGAGCACGGGGCAAAUUUCCCAAGACAGUCGAAGGAACAUGAUGAGCAUAAGAAGAGGGGAUCAUUUACUCCUGAUGAUAGAGAUGACCACCAUUAUACUGAUAAUGGUUCAAAAGAAAGGCGUGAUGACAACUCAGCUUCCCGAAAGAGAAUGGAGGACCACCGUGCAAAAUCACCAAGACAAUCAAAAGAACAUGAGAACGAUAAGAGGGGAUCCUAUACUCAUGACGGUAGAAAGGACCACUGUGAUGCUGAUAACGGUUCCACAGAAAGGCGAGAUGACUACUCAGCUUCCAGAAAUAGAAAGGAGGAGCACCGGGCAAAAUCACCAAGACAGUUGAAGGAACAUGAUGAUAAUAAGAAGAGGGGAUCAUUUACUCCUGAUGAUAGAAGUGACCACCAUGAUACUGAUAAUGGUUCAAAAAAGCGAGAUGAGAACUCAGCUUCCCGAGAGAGAAUGGAAGACCACCGUGCAAAAUCACCAAGACAAUCAAAAGGACAUGAGAAUGAUAAGAAUAGGGAUAUCCAUGACGAUAGAAAGGACCGCUGUGAUGCU